GAUCGAUUUGCGAACGAUUUGCAAUUUCGGUUUUCGUUUCCGCUCCCCUUUGGAGCGGCGACGCUGACGAUCGAUGCGAUUGCAGGAGGAGAUGAGAGGAGUCGUGUGAGAGGGAAGAAUCGCCGCCGUUGCCGCCGCGAAUCACUCGCUGGAUCGCUCGAACGCUUUUCGCCCGCGAAGAUCGCGAGGCGAUCGUGGCGAGGCCGCGAGGCCGCGAGGCCGCGAGGGGGGCGACGCGUAAGCUUCCCUUAAAAUUCUCGCGGCCGCCUUUGCGGAUAACCGUCCACUAAUCGCGACGAUAGAUCGAUACAGAUAAAAAUGCGCAGGAGAUGCGGGAAGCCGACAAGGAGAAAUUCGAAAAAAUGGCUAUCGCCGCCUCGGAAAAUUAUCAGCUCAAGUGGCACAGCUAUGGGGCGCAUCUGCACAGCUCCGUCGCGACUCUGCUUCACUCGGAAUCCUUCGCGGAUGUUCUGCUGGCCACGUCUUGCGGACGACACGUGGCGGCCCAUCGAUUCGUCCUCGCGGCCUGCUCGUCUUACCUCAGUCAUAUUUUCCAGACGUGCCAUUUCGGCGCGAACACUAACGCACCGAUAAUCGUGGUGCUGCCCACGGAGAUCGGAUACCGCACACUAAAAAUCCUGAUACAGUACAUGUACAGUGGCGAGGCCACUGUGACGAACGAUCAGCUGGAGGGAGUCCUGAAAGCCGGUGACAUCCUACGUGUGCGUGGACUGUGGAGAUCGAACUCCGGCAGCAGCAAGAAGGAGAACAUACAGUCGAACAAUCAGAAAAUCGAGCGCGAUAAGCGGGAAACGUCGCAACUGGCUGGGCAGAUACAGAAGAUCAAACUGGUGCAACCGACCACGGAGAAGGUAAUCGAGAACGUGCAACAGGCGGCGCCGGCCUGCCAGAAUAAUAUACAGCCCGCGAAGCCGGUCGAGAGGAAGAGCACCGAGAAGAUCGAGGACAAGGCCAACGAAUCGGAGACGAAGAAGGUCUUGGAAGAGAAAAGUAGCGAGCAGAGCAAAAACAAGGAGAAUCUCGAGACGAACGGCAAAAAGAAGAAGGCUGUUAACAGCGACGUCGAGUCGAAUAAGUCGAAGAGCGAUGGUGGCGAAAACACCGAACUAAAUCUGGAACUGUUAGUGAAGGACGAGCCGAUCGAUUGGGAAGAGUCGAUCGAUCCGUCGGAAUCCCUUACGAUAGACCAUGAGAUCGAUAUCAAACCAGAGAUCGUGCACAGCGCGGACGAGGAUGGCGAUAUGGAGGAGGAGGAAUAUACACCGUUGACGUGCGACAUGUGCAGUCAAACGUUUAACAGACCGUCGGAUUGGGUGAGACAUAUAGAAUUCACACAUGCUGACAUGACCGAAAAUCGGAGAAAGAAACGAAAGGAUGAUAUAAGCGACGACAACAAGGACUUUCCGCCGCUGAAGUGCGAUCUAUGUGGCAAUAUGUAUCCCACGCCACAGGAGUGGGUGCGUCACAUACAGACGGAACACACGGAGGAACAGCUGGCCUUCAUGAACAACUCGGCACCCCCGAAGCCGAAGAGGGUUCACAAUCACCAAAAGUUAUGCAAUAUAUGUCAAAAGGAAUUCCCGAGUCACGCCUCGAUGGUCAUCCAUCAAAGAACGCAUACGGGCGAAAAGCCCUUUCUUUGCUCCUACUGUAAAAAAGGCUUCAACGUAAAGAGCAACCUACUAAGGCAUUUAAGGACACUGCAUGACAAAUACGUACAUCCUAGCUUAUACGGGAGUAAUGGUAGCACGAACGCUUAAAGACCCUUCACAUUUCUUUCCGACGAUAUAUACAUACAUACAUACAUACAUACACAUAUAUAUAUAUAUAUAUAUAUAUAUAUAUAUAUAUAUAUAUAUAUAUGUAUGUAUAUAUAUUGUCUUGCAUGGCGUCUCAGUCGUGGAGAAACCAUACAGUAUCUUAUGUAUAUUCAUUAUUAUGACUACGUAGACUGAACGCGUAUCUAUAAAUGGAUGCCAAAUAUCGGAGCACGACAUGACGACGAACUAAUCGAGUAAAGAUCUGUGUGAAUCUCCACUAAGAGAGAACAUAACUGAGCGCAUUUUAAAAAUUCACAAUGCAUAUUGGAGAGAAAUCUAUACAAACUAUUUUUUCUAAAGGCUAGCUAUCGUAUUCUUUAUAUAAUAAUCUUCUUUUUAAUAAUGUGUAUAAAAUAACGGAACUCCUCUCUUGUUAAAUAACUUUUGAUUGAGUUUAAUCAAGAAAGCAAUAUCAGGGUCUUAAUACCAAAGAGGCUGAUUAAUAUUGCCAAAAUGUCUCAUUUGAAUGUUUUAAAACUUCUUUUCUUCCUGUCUUACAUGUAGUGCACGUAUAUAAGGAAGUAAAAUUAUUUGUUUAACAAAUUUUUGUUCAAGAACGAAAAGGACAAACGAUGAAUGAUUUUACUAUUUAUAGAGAUCUGUCGAGGAGUGCUUGCGUGUAAAAUAAUUCUGAUAAUAUAAAUCGAUAUUUAAUGAUUAAUUAACUUAAUUACUUAUAGUAAUUAUAGGAUAAAUCCAAAUUAUGUAAGAUUUAACUGUAUACUACUUCUAGGCUAUUCCAUCCAUGAUAGCCCUCUUAUUCCCUCAGCUCGUAAGUUAAUUAUGUAUUUUUAUAUUAAAGUAGCGUAUACACACGACAAACAUAUAAAAAAUAAGAUACUUGCAUCAAGCAAAUCUUGAAAUUUCGAUCUAGGCUAGGCUGUAAGAAUAACAUAUAACAUUCAAAAUUUAUCAAAUUUUUUGAAAAUAUAUUGAGUUCUUCUUACAUAUAAAAAAAAGAAUGAUGCGAUAUUAUCAAAAUACUGUCACAGUCUCCGGAACAUUAAUAAUGUGAAUAUUAAUUAAGAGGAUGACACCAUUUUGCUAUACUAAUCAUUGUGUCACUCUACUAUAAAUUUUAGUGUCAAUUCUGCAUUGCGCUAGCACUGUGACGAGCCAAAUAACUUUUAAAUGUAAAAUUAAAAUAAUAUAUUACCUUAAAAGUA